GGAUGGAGAGAUGAUGGCCCACACGGAUCAGGAUCUCCGCAAUUACCAGUUUGUGUCUUUUUAUGAUGCAUUCUGACCAAAUCCAAAACCUGGAUCGCAAAGGACAAAGGAUCGUGUGCGUAUUUGCUGGACACAAUCCAACCAUUCUUCUCUUUUAUUGAAGGAAGGAUGAGUGUCUGUGUGGAGGACGCACCUUGAGUCCAGUUCAACAUCUUUUUGGAUUCGCUGGAGCCAACAUCUCCAUGGAGGAAUUAUUGGAGACUUCAGCGGGGUGUGCGCGCACGGAGGCGCCGUGUGGCUCCACAUGAACCGUGACAGAUUGAGUACUUUUUAUGGAAAUUGCUUGUAGAUUUGGUGAUUUGAGCUCAGCUGAGCAACAAACGGGCAGCAAUAAUACUAAUAUAAAUACCAGAGAGAGAAGGAGAGAGAGCGAGAGAGGGGGAGAAACGCCAGCGCCGGCGAUCUGUGCGUCUCUGCAAUAAGUGGCUGAUAAAAAGCAAUAAACCCUACGAGAUAAAGACAUUCAUCCGCGUUCUGCGCCAUGGGCGACGAAGCGUCAAACUUCAGGAGAAGCAGCAGGACCGGCGUCUCAUCCCCAGGAGCCCGCAGGACUGGCGAGGAUCACGGCAGAGCUUCUUGGAUUCUGGGCUGAAAUAAAGCGGAUCAGCGCAGGACACAAUGAGAUGAAUGGUUUCUGGACGAGCCGGCAUGAAAAACCACUGUGACAGUUUUUGAUGUUCUUCACAAAACAAGAUUCACAUCUGGGCUGUGCUGGACUUGGUCACUUUGUUCUGUCCUCUCUCAGAGAUCAAGUGGCAGAGAGGGACAUGAGACGUUUUGUGCUGGAAAUAAGUGAAUACAGCCAUAUUAUCUAAUCAAUAAGUUACGAGGGUAUCGAUCUUGGUUGUUUUUUUUUGCGUGUGUUUUGCACUAUGAUGGAACCACCACCAUGCCCGAAGAAGAGCCUGUCCCUGUCGCUCCCGGUUCCCCGGGAAGGACAGGCGACUCUGAAGCCUCCGCAGCAUCUCUGGAGACAGCCCCGCACCCCGAUCAAAAUCAAGCACCGGGGUUACUCCGACACCGACCGGCACCACGUCCGGCACAUGGAGCGCUCCGACGCCGUGGACACGAGCGACCGACCGGGGCUGAAAAAGUCUCGGAUGUCCUGGCCAUCCUCUUUCCACGGGACCACAAACACAUCCAUCGGAAAUUGCGUCGGGAACAAACGCUUCGAUUCGGAGAAUGGUCCUUCGCCGGGUCGCAGUCCCAUGGAUUCGCAGGCGAGUCCUGGGGUGGUGCUCCAUCCUUCCUUCCCCCAGAGUCAGCGCAGGGAGUCCUUCCUGUACCGCUCGGACUCCGACUAUGACACGUCCCCCAAAACCAUGUCGCGCAACUCCUCCGUCAACAGUGAGGGGCACGCCGAAGACAUGAUCGUCACCCCUUUCGCUCAGGUGUUGGCCAGCCUACGAACUGUAAGAAGCAACUUCACCAUCCUCGCCAAUGUCACAACACCCACUAACAAGAGGUCACCAGUGACAAGCCAACCCACUGUUCCCCAAGCUACACUCUCUGAGGAGACAUACCAGCAGAUGGCUCGGGAGACUCUGGAGGAGCUGGACUGGUGUCUGGACCAGCUGGAGACCGUUCAGACCCACCGCUCCGUCAGCGAGAUGGCCUCCAACAAGUUCAAGAGGAUGUUGAACAGGGAGCUGUCCCAUUUGUCAGAGAUGAGUCGCUCAGGGAACCAGGUGUCGGAAUACAUCUCCACUACCUUUCUAGAUAAGCAGAAUGAGGUGGACAUCCCGUCCCCGACCUUGAGGGAGCGGGAGAAGCCCAUGUGUCACAUCAGCGGUGUGAAGAAGCUCACGCACAGUUCCAGCCUUUGCAACUCCACCAUGCCUCGCUUCGGCGUGAAGACAGAACACGAGGAUGCAUUAGCCAGGGAGCUGAGCGACUUGAACAAGUGGGGCCUUAAUAUCUUUCGUGUGGCAGAAUUCUCUAAUAACAGACCCCUCAGCUGCACAAUGUUUGCCAUUUUCCAGGAGAGAGAUCUAUUGAAGACCUUUCGGAUCCCAGUGGACACAUUUGUCACCUAUGUAAUGACCCUGGAGGACCACUAUCAUGCCAAUGUGGCUUACCACAACAGCCUCCAUGCUGCAGAUGUCACUCAGUCAACUCACGUACUGCUGUCCACACCAGCUCUAGAUGCGGUGUUCACUGAUCUAGAGAUUCUAGCUGCGUUAUUUGCCGCUGCCAUCCACGAUGUGGAUCAUCCAGGAGUGUCCAACCAAUUCCUCAUAAACACCAACUCAGAGUUGGCCCUCAUGUAUAACGAUGAGUCUGUGUUGGAGAACCAUCACCUAGCUGUGGGCUUCAAGCUGCUGCACGAGGAAAACUGUGACAUCUUCCAGAACCUCAGCAAGAGGCAGAGACAGAGCCUGAGGAAACUCGUCAUCGAUAUGGUUUUGGCAACAGAUAUGUCAAAACACAUGAGUUUGUUGGCGGAUCUCAAGACGAUGGUGGAAACCAAGAAGGUGACAAGUUCUGGAGUACUGCUGCUCGACCAUUACAAUGAUCGGAUACAGGUUUUGAGGAACAUGGUGCACUGUGCUGACCUGAGCAAUCCUACGAAGCCCCUGGCCGUGUAUCGACAAUGGACGGAGAGAAUCAUGGAGGAGUUCUCCAGGCAGGGAGAUAAGGAGAGGGAGCGAGGGAUGGAGAUCAGUCCCAUGUGCGACAAACACACAGCAUCUGUGGAAAAGAGCCAGGUGGGAUUCAUCGACUACAUUGUCCACCCGCUGUGGGAGACAUGGGGCGACCUGGUGCAUCCUGAUGCUCAGGACAUCUUGGACACUCUGGAGGACAACAGGGACUGGUACCAGAGUAAUAUCCCACAAAGCCCCUCGCCACCUCCUGUUGACAAGGAUCUGAACGUCUGCAUGGACAAAUUUCAGUUUGAGCUCACCCUUGAAGACAGUUCUCCGAUAGAUCAGGGAGACGAGGGUGACAAGCCCACACCAAACCACGUGGUGCAGGUCAUUCAGGCAGAGGAGGAGGAUAAAAAAGAAGAAGAGGAAGAAACGAUGGCUGUGGAGGAAACUGAGGACACAAUAGAAGAAGAAGACGAGGUGGCGAUGGAUGAAGAGGAGUUGGGGGAUGAGCAGGAGGAGGAACUGAAGACUCAUCUGGAGGUGACAUUGGAAAAGGAGAGACUUUCUGACACAAGUCCUGUAGAGGAAGAGGAGGAUUCUUCUUCACAAGCUGAAGAUACAUGAGUUCUGCUCCUGCAUCUCCCUCCUCACUUGCACACAUUAACUUGUUCAUCCUUUCCAUGGCCAAACCAAGAACAAAUAAGACUGCAAUGACAAUACAGACCUUUAAAUAUAUUUUUCAAAAAGGGAAAAAAUUCAAAAUCGCUUAAAGAGAAGUUAAUUACACAGCAACUGUAGAUUUGGAGCGGCGACAAGUCCUUCGGCAUAUUUUCACGAUGAACUUUGAACUGAGGGGAAUUUAGAGGAGCAUUAUCGAAGGGCAACUGAAGACGGCGUAGCACUCUGGGACUGGAAAUGCACACACAAACACACAUGAAGUGACAUACGCACAUAUGAGACACAAGAGCAGGAGUCACAAAGAACACACCAAUGCAAUGUGUGUGUGCCUGCAUUUGUCGUGCGGGACAAUGUAGUUCCAUAUGUACACACACACACACACACACACUUGACUGUAUGUUUGUAUGUGUGCAUUUACAUGAGGGACCUUGAUCAGUAAAGAAUCUCUUUGGAAAAAGCCAUCUCUUAACGAAGUAUUAACUAGUGUCAGUCAGUAUUAGUAAUUCAUGUUUGUUAGAAUCUCACCAGAAACCGUUCUCCUCAGAAAAGCUACAGUCCAAGUGACUUUUUUUUUUCCAUUUCUGUCGGAAAGAAAAAAUUAGAGAAUCCACAGAGUUGGAGGAGGAAGAAAUACAAUUUAAGGAAAGGAAGAUGCUGCGACGAAGGGGCCUCCAGGUCCCAUACCCCUUUUCCCUUUACGAGGAGAGUGCUACUGGUUCAAGAUGGCUCUGUGCCUUUCUGAAACACCAGCUUCCUGAUUGGAGCUGUCGUGAAGCAAUGCAUUGUGGGACAGGAGUGUCUGGUUUUUGUUGUCAUUUUUGAUUGUCCCUCGUUCAAGAUCUCUCUUUAUUGUUCAUGGUAUUGUGGUGUGUUUCUCACACGUACAGUUUCUGUGGUGACAUGUUUUACGCUGUAAGUCUUCCUUUCGUUGCUCUUCUGGUGAUACAAUAACUCAGAACUCUAGAUGCAGAGCAAUCACUACCAUCACCACCAGAGCCCCCCCAGUGGACUCUUUCCAGCUUAUGGUUCUUUCUUAUUAGAAUGAUUUUUUUUUUUACUUUCUGAUAAUAAGCCAUGAGAUGCUUGGAAGCAUAAGUUUUGCCUAUUUUCUAUUUAACACUUGCUUAAUAUGUUGAUGGGAUAUUCAAUUAUUUCCUCAGCAGAACAAAUCUCCACUCACUCGCUCAUCCCACAUCCCACUUGCACUCGUGCGUUCACGUCUCCUCAUACUCAAACAGUUCUCGCCAAAGUAAAGGAUGAGAAACAUCGGUGCGUGGAGUGAUUUGAAGGAACGCUGAAGCCAGAAUGUCAGGGAAAGAAAGCGUGACACGGCCAAAAGGAUGUCUGAAAGUCCCUCAAAAUCCUUGUCAUGUUUGAUGCUUUUUUGCCUUAAUGUCAGAAGCAGGAUUCAUACCUGCGAGUAUGUAGAUUUCUAAGAUAUAUAAUAGAUAUCCCAGUAUAUUUAUAUCACGUCUGUUAAUUAUUUCUGUGAGUAUCAGUGAGUCUAUACACGAUGUAUCCAGCAUUGCAUUCAGAGGGGAUAGGGAAACAUUGCUGCCAAUUAGUUGUAAUGUUGUUUCUGUGUUUGGGCCAACAUUAAGAAUGUGUUGGGUUUUGUUUUUAUCAGGAUGGUGAAAUGACGACUUUAUUGCUACCUAGGGGGUGUGCGGAGAAAAUUAGCAAUUUGGAGUUUUACAGGUGAUGAAAAUGAAUAUGGACGUCCUUUUGUUUGGAAUCUGACCAGAUAUUCAUUCACUGACGUGAUGGAGUUAAAGCUUGUGUGAGUCUGUUUGCGUGGCUGGUUGUGUGUGUGGUCAUGAGUAAGCGGGUGAGUUACAGAAAGAGGUGGCAGGACGCUGAAGGUGUUGUCAUAUGUGUUGUGUGCAUUCACUCCCUGGCAUCAGCACAUGUCUUUGAACGGUGUUUAUAGGGUCCGAUCAGCACAGAUUAAAUAGGUCACAGUCUGUUUAGGUGUUUGUUUUCUCACAGGGUAAGACUAUUAAUAAUUAUUGUUGAGAAUGUUCUCAACACUCAUGUGAGUGUGGUUCUUUAGAGGGUAAGGGCAAGUUCCUGCAGGUCAGAAACUGAGCUCAUCUGAAGACGCCACAGCUCGGUGCAACAGUAGCCUGUGUGUUUGACCUGCUCCGUCGCAGAGCUGCCACCACACAGGUUUUCUUCUGGUGGAAUGGGAAUCCAGGAUUACUCUUGCAGUCACUAAGAAUAAAAAAAAGAUUCCCGUAUGCAUCAGCCUUUUACUUUUAACAAUGUUGCUUUGUUUUUGUGGCUUCUUGUUCUGUCAUAAGCUAUAAAAACAUUAAUAUUUAAUUGCCAUACAAACACGAUACUGUAGCAAUUGUUUCUUAUUAAGAAAAAUUAUUCAAUUGAUUGAUUGCUGCCAUUCUUUUUAAAUGAUGAAAAGAAAACCAUGGGAAGUGUUUUCUUUGAACAGUUUGUGUACAGUUUAUUUUUAUAUCAUUCUGGUGGAUGGUCUGGAAAAUGAAUCAUGUGUUUAUGACGAUAAUAGCUAUAAGCAUUACCACUCUUGUACAUAAUGUAAUAUUGGAUUGUAAAUUAUAAAUUUAUCCAAGUCCUAAUGAUUGAAAAAUAACCACUUGAGGUUGUUGAGUGAAACACUGAAGCACUGCAGGCCACAUCCUCACGUUUUCAUUCGUUAUAUUUUUGCUCACUUUUGCUCCAACAUUCUGUCACUUUUUUUAAAAUUGUGCACAUUUAUUGUUAAAAAAAUGAAUCCCUUUGUACCAGCACUUUAUUUCGUCAGGUUUUGAGGCAGACAGUGUGGGAUUGGGUUUGCUCAUUGGAUCGGUCACUUGUUGAUUUUCUUCCAUUGGACCAAACUACAAACCCUCAUUGUGCAGCAGUCAACGUUGACCCCUGUCUAGAGGCAUAAUCAAACCGACUAGUCCUUCUCUCCUUAAUAUCCAAGUGAGAUUGAACUUCUUUGUCUGAUAAAGUCAAACGCAGGCCGAUGGAGUCACAUACGAUGUGACGUGUUCAAAUAGAUGUCCUUAUUUGACUCUGGACUUCACCUCUGUUUCUUAGUAACUUUAAUUACUAGCCCGAGAGCCUCAAUGUCCGUCCCAUGGUGGCCUAACGAGCUGGUUCCCAUCAGACUGACUCCCUCUGAGAAUAAAUCUCUGGGCUUUAAUUCAUGUGUUUGUUCACAAAUAAGAACGAUUAUUCAAGGGAAAAAAACUACAUGAAAUGAUUGUAAUAUUUGUAAAUGAUCUUGCUGUAAUGUGUAAAAUGUGUCCAAGUUAUUUUUUAUUAUAUUAUUUUUAUGAACGUUUUUUUCCUCUUGACAGAGCUGAGGUGUCAUUUUGUGAAUAAAUGCAUUUAAUAAGCAAACAUCUAUAUAUAAAACUAUUAAAGUAUAUCAGUAUAUUUUUCUUUUAUUUCACUGUUCAGUACUGUAAAGUGUGUUAAAAAUACAAAUAAAGUAAGAUUUUUAUAUCAAAUGCAA